AUGAUGGCUACUUUCCUUUCGCUGCUUUGCAAAGGAAGAGGGACAGCCUUAUCAGAGGCGGGAACAGGACCCCUGUGCUUACGGCGCGUAAAUGGAAACAUCCUGAAAAAUGGUUGUUACCCAUGUGCGGCCCGAAGCUACAGUGAUAAUGUAAAAGACCAUUUUAAUAAACCCAGAAAUGUUGGCUCGUUCGAUAAGAGUGAAAAAAAUAUUGGGACAUCCAUUGUAGGUAAAGCAUCAUGUGGUGAUGUCAUAAAAUUGCAAUUAAAAAUCGAAGACAAUGUGAUUAAAGACGCGCGAUUUAUGGCCUUUGGAUGUGGCUCCGCAAUUGCUAGUAGCUCUUACGCCACUGAAUUGAUAAAGGGGAAGACCAUCGACGAAGCGCUCAAAAUUAAAAACAACGACAUUGCUUCCCACUUGAGUUUACCUCCAGUUAAAAUUCAUUGCAGUUUAUUAGCGGAAGACGCGAUCAAGCACGCCAUAAAAAAUUACAGAGAAAAAGUGAUAAAUUGA